CUAUGGGAAACGGGAUGUGCUCCCGAAAGCAGAAGCGGAUCUUCCAGACGCUGCUGCUACUCACGGUGGUCUUCGGCUUCCUCUAUGGCGCGAUGCUCUACUUGGAACUGCAGACCCAGCUGCGCAAAGCCGAGGCGGUGGCGCUCAAGUACCAGCAGCACCAAGACUCACUCUCUGCUCAAUUGCAAGUUGUAUAUGAACACAGAUCAAGAUUAGAGAAAUCUUUGCAAAAAGAAAGGCUCGAACACAAGAAAGCAAAGGAAGAUUUCCUUGUUUAUAAGUUAGAAGCACAAGAAACACUAAACAAAGGAAGGCAAGAUUCCAAUAGCAGAUACAGUGCAUUGAAUGUCCAGCAUCAGAUGCUGAAAAGUCAGCAUGAGGAGCUGAAGAAACAGCACAGUGACUUGGAAGAGGAACAUCGAAAGCAAGGGGAAGACUUCAGCAGAACGUUCAAUGACCACAAGCAGAGAUACCUGCAGCUUCAGCAAGAAAAGGAGCAAGAGCUUUCUAAGCUGAAAGAAACUGUCUAUAACUUGAGAGAAGAGAAUAAACAACUAAGAAAAGCACACCAAGACAUUCACACACAGCUUCAAGAUGUCAAGCAACAGCAUAAGAAUUUACUCAACGAGCAUGAACGGCUUGUAGUGACUUUGGAAGACCACAAGAGUGCACUGGCCGCUGCUCAGACUCAAGUUGCAGAAUAUAAACAGCUGAAAGAUACUCUGAACAGGAUUCCGAGCUUUCGAAAUCCUGACCCAGCAGUGUAUAAAUGGUUGAGAGUCUUGUCUCCAAGUGACCAGUUUAUGGCAGUGUCUCUACAUAACGAGGUGUGGCAGAACCAUGAAGCAGCGCCUAGGAGAACAGAAGAGAAACCUUUCUCUUCCAUGCAGAAGGAAGCAGGAUUUCAGGCUCCAGCAGAGCAGAACCAAGUGGAACCCAGAGAGCCAGAGGAGCGUCAGGUGGAAGAGGAGCACAGGAAGGCCCUGGAGGAGGAGGAAAUGGAGCAGGUGGGGCAGGCAGAGCAUCUAGAGGAAGAACAUGAUCCACCACCAGAGGAGCAGGACCGGGAGUGGCGAGAUCAGCAGGGUCAGGACGCAGCCCACCUUCUGGAUGGCCGCCCUCAAGCUGAGGUGGACCAUUCAACCAAGGCAGUCACAAAAUUCCGCUCCCCGUAUGAGGAGCAGCUGGAGCAGCAGAGGCUGGCGGCAAGGAGGGAUGAGGAAGCCCAGAGGCUGAGAGAACACCCAGAAGCUUUGCACCAACAGAGGCUACAUGGACACCUGCUUCGGCAGCAGCAGCAGCAGCAGCUCCUGGCCAGAGAGAUGGCUCAGCAGAAGCAGGCAGAGCAUGGGGACGUCCAGCAGCCGCAGCACCCGCAGCAGCUACGGCAGCAAGUUAAUUACAAUGCUGUAGAGAACGACGUCGUGCAGGGAGCCGAGGACCAGGGAAUCCAUGAAGAAGAGGGAGGAGCCUAUGAGAGAGAGAACCAACGCCAAGAUGAAGCUGAGGAAGACCCAGGCAACAGACAGGAACCUCACGAACCAGGACCCCAAGAAGCUGACCCCGAAGCUGAGGCAGAUAGGGCAGCUGUGGAGGACGUCAAUCCAGCAGAUGACCCCAACAAUCAAGGGGAAGAUGAAUUUGAGGAGGCUGAGCAAGUGAGGGAAGAGAAUUUGCCAGAGGAAAGUGAGGAGCAGAAACAAGGGGAAGCAAAGCAAGAGAACGCAGAAAUGGAUGAGCACUUGGUGAUGGCAGGGAAUCCAGACCAGCAGGAGGAUAAUGUUGAUGAACAGUACCAGGAGGAAGGAGAGGAGGAGGUUCAGGAAGAUUUGACUGAAGAGAAGAAAAGGGAGUUGGAACAUAAUGCUGAAGAGACUUAUGGUGAAAACGCUGAUGAUAAAAAUAAUGAUGUCGAAGAACAAGGAGCUCAAGAUGGUGCCCAUCCCAAAGGAAGAGAGGAGCAUUAUGAGGAGGAGGAAGAUGAGGAAGAAGACGGAGCUGCUAUCGCUGAGAAAUCACAUCGCAGAGCCGAAAUGUAGCCGGACCCCAUUUCUAGACUACGCUCAGCCAACACAUUUUUUUCAAGCUGCUCUAAAACGAAUCCCGCCUACUGAAUUCUAGAAUAUUUAAUUACAUACAAAAGUGAGGGUUUAGACUUUUUUAACUUUUAUAUUAGAAAUGCUAUACAUUUAUAUGAAUAUAUUUUGAUAACUUAGCUUAGAACUUCUUUUAUAGUCAAGUUAAACAUGGACAAGAAGAUAAACAAUGAGACAUGCCCUCAGGUCGGAAUCUCAUUCCUCAGAGAUGGUGUGAUGUUGUAAAGUGCGUGGCUUUUGUGCAUGUCUCAGCUCAUUACUUUUUUGUUUUCUGGCUUCCAGGUAGUCUACCGUUUAUAUUGGAUAAAAGGCAGGGUUGGAUUUAGAAACAAGGCGUACUGAAAAACACUGUGCAAAUGUCGAGGGAGUGACUGGUAGCCAAGUGGCUGUUCUUGCAGGUUCUUAUGUACAGCUCUGAUAGGAUGUCACUACUGCAGGCUGUCUGGAAAUGAAGUCCAUCUGCACAGUUGACAUGCAAUUGGAAAGCUUUUUUUGUGUGUGUGGCGGAGCAAAGAUGUUGUUUUUUAAACUUUCAGGUCAGUUAGAAGAAUAUUUACCAUUGCUUAAAAAUCACAGCUGUCGUGCUUGAGGGAAACCAAGUAUGAAAGUUGAAUAAUAUUAAUAUGAAAGUAUCCUGGACUUAGUCUUCUGUUACAGAGGCCAAACAGGGGCUGACACGCUUAAAAACUGAUGUAGUAUGUGUGAUGGUGCUUCCUGGGUGAACUCCCAGUUUCCAUCAUUUCUUAUCUAAAUUCUCUUAGUUCUAAGCUCAUCAGUAUCCCGUUUCUACAGCAUAUGUUUCUCCCUUAAGCUCUGUGCCUUGGUGUGUAACUAUUUCUAUCAUAGUCAUGGAUAUGAAAGCAUGCAAUGCUACAGUUUAAUAAGAUUAUUUUUCAGAACUAUAUAGUGAAAUAUCUUUAGCACUAUGAUAGGAAUUCCCCUCUCAGUGACUUUACUAUUUACCCAGAAUUGACCUGCCUUUGCCUAUAUAUAAGGUAUUUUAAUGGCUAUGAAUAAUAAUAUACAUCCCUGAGGAGAAAAUUCAAAGUGGAAAUUUUUUCCUAAAAUGAGCACAUAUUUUAGUUUGUACCAUUAAUAUUGUUAAACACAUAGAACUGGGCCACAAUUCAUCUUUGUGUGGUUUUUAGAUACUACUUUCAAAAUAAUAAAAAUGAAUUUCAGUUUCUGCUAUUAUUGUAUGAAUGUAAUUUUAGUUUUUAAUAACCACACUCAUGUAUGGUUUUGAUUUUCCCAGCUGAGCAAUUGUGUAUGUGUGCAUAGAAAUGUUCUGUUCAAAUGUAUUUUGGAUAACCAGUAACCAUAAAUCAAAUCUCAUCUUUAUGUAUAAAAGCCCCUUAUGUAAUGUAAAAUGUAUGAUAUUGUACAUAAUACUCAGAAUACAAUUAUUUUGGUAAAUUAGUUUGUAUUUUAAUGUCCCAGUUACAGUAUUUAAUUAUUUGAAACUUGGGUAAUAAUCAAUAAAGCUAUGAAAAGUGAUGGGUAAGUCUUCUAAAGCAUAUAAUUUCCUGGUUUGUGAUCUAUGGUUUUUCUUUAUAAGAAGGAUAUAGAUUAAUGAAUUAUUAAAUGCCUUUCCCAAACUGC